AUGAAUGAAAAUUCUGAAGAGCGAUGUUCAAUUGAAUCAGGAAGUUAUUAUUUUCACUACCUUAUCCAAAAUGGCGUUUGUUACAUGACAAUUUGCGAUCGUUCAUACCCUCGUCAAUUUGCCUUUAGCUACCUGGAAGAACUUUCUAAAGAAUUUUUAAUGAGUUAUGGGAACGAGCCUUUUGAAGCAUUGAGAAUUUACGUGAUUUACGUGUUUGGUUUGGAAAUCCUGACAAUGUUGACCACUAAUGCUUAUGCGCGACUAAAUACCGAACUGAAUGAGGUAGCCAAUAUCAUGACUAAAAAUUUGGAAAGCGUUUUGUGGCGCGGCGAAGGAUUAGAAAGUAAGUGUUGUCUAUUAAUUCAAACAAUGAUUGAUUAUUAUUUGGAAUUCUAA